UUUUUUGCUAGCGUUCAUUUGCUUGCUGUGUUUUUUAUUUUUGCGAGCACUUUCUCAUCAAACGGAAAGGAAAAUGGCUCGAGUUUUCGGAUAGAUAAGUUAGCAUCAUCUUGGGCUAUUCGUAUUCCUUCACAAGAAGGAAAUGACGAUGCGUGUUUAGCUAAAAUUGCGAAAACUAUUGCAAAAGAAACCGGCUUGGCUUAUCAUGGUCAAAUUGGUGGUUUACGCGGCCAUUUUCUUCUUGUACAUGAAAGUUUUUACAAUGGAUUUGAAACUGAUGCUGCAGCUUUGGACAAGAUAACCCAGCAGUUGUAUAAACAUCCUGAAAUAAAAUGGUCAAAGAGGGAAAGAAUUGUAAAACGAUAUAAGAGAAGCUUAAGAUUUAAAGAUCAAUACUUCCCGAACCAAUGGCAUUUAAACAACCUACAAUUUAUUGGCCAUGAUAUAAAUGUCACGACUAUCUGGGAACAUGAUAUUAUUGGAACAGGAAUUGUAGUUGCCAUUGUCGAUGAUGGUGUAGAAUGGUCAAAUCCUGAUAUAUUUGAAAAUUACUCAUCAGAAGGAAGUUGGGAUCUAAAUUCUAAUGAUCCUGAUCCAACACCUCGUGCGGAUGAUGUUGGUUUGAACCAUCAUGGUACGAGAUGUGCUGGUGAAAUUGCAGCAGUAGCAAACACAUAUUGUGCUGUUGGUGUUGCUUAUGGAGCUAAAGUUUCAGGUGUUCGCAUUUUGGAUGGUCCUAUGACAGAUAGCCUUGAAGCAAUGGCAUUCAACAUGAAAAACCAAGUUAAUGACAUCUACAGCUGUAGCUGGGGUCCAGAUGAUAAUGGGAAAACCGUAGACGGUCCACAUCGUCUGGCACAGGCUGCCAUUGCUCAUGGUGUGAGAGAAGGUCGAGGUGGACUGGGAAGCAUUUAUGUUGUUGCAUCAGGGAAUGGAGGGAUUUAUAAGGAUAACUGUAACUUUGAUGGAUAUGCUAAUUCUAUCUUUACUGUGACUAUAGGUGCUGUAGAUGAAAGUGGUAAAAUGCCUUAUUAUGCAGAGAAUUGUGCUUCAAUGUUGGCUGUUACUUACAGUAGUGGAAAAACACCCUUGAGAAACAUUGUGACCACUGAUUGGAGAAUGGGUUCUGGAAGUGGAUGUACAAACAGACAUACGGGAACCUCGGCCGCUGCACCAUUGGCCGCUGGAAUGUUGGCUUUAGCUCUACAAGUUAGAUGGUGCUUGUCUUGGCGAGAUAUUCAACAUUUGAUUGUCUACUCAGCAGUUAAGCAUGAUGUUGAUCCUCUUGAUUACACGACGAAUGAUGCACAGUUUCAUCACAGUUAUAAAUAUGGUUUUGGUGUAAUGGACUCCUGGCGUUUGGUCAAUCUUGCUAAGGUUUGGAACUCAGUCCCCUGGAUGACAUCAUGGUCGACGCCCAUUGUUCAUGUUAACCAAUACAUACCAAGCACAACCAAUCAAGUGGUUCAGGAGUACAUAGUGCAAAAGAAAGACCUCGUUGAACUGUCGACUUUGGAACAUGUGACAUUGACUGUAAAUAUCGAUCAUAAAUACCGUGGUAGCAUAUUAAUAUCAUUGAUAUCACCAGCUGGAACGGAGUCUGAACUAGCCACGGAACGACAACAAGACAGAUCUUCAGAAGGAUUCGUUGAUUGGACAUUUUCGACUGUUAGAUGUUGGGGUGAAAAACCUUACGGAUUAUGGCAAAUAUUGAUUGUUAAUUCAGGUCUUGAUAGUCAUUCUCGGGGCUUCGUCAGAAACUGGCGAAUGACGUUAUACGGCUCAUCAUUAACGUCCGACGAUAUCAAAAAAAGACAAAUGUUGGCUAUGAAGGCAUUCAGUGGGCAUUUCCUUGAAAACAAUGUAACCACUCCUUGUGUAAAGACGUCCUCGCCUCAUGAUGAGAGCGUCAUCAGUUCUAAACUAUUAACGAUAUUGUUGCUGGUCAGCGGUUUCUGUGUGUUGAUGGCCGUAUACUACGUCUUAGAUAUCAUAUGUUGUGCACACGAGAGACCACCUCCUGAAGAGAUCAGCGAAAGCGGCUUUACGACACAUGAGCCUGCGAUCGUUUCCGUUACUUCAAGUAGUAUCGAAGAUAGCCCAAAUACUUCGUUAGAGAUAUGUAGUCGGUUUAAUAACGAUGAGGACAGCAUAAGACUGAGUCAUUUAUUGGAACGAGGAGACAGUUAUCGUGAAAGUUCUUCACAAGCAACUGCAUCAAACGCAUCAGAAGAUUUUAUUGAUGAUAGCCUUUCCAAGACUUUUGACGACAACGAUUUAGUUGUUGGUGUUGACGAUUUUAAGAAACGCCUUCAGUACGCUAUGACCAAGAGCUUAAUACUUCAAGAAAAACAGAUGAGAGAUAUUGAAAGUUUGGAAGAAGCACUGGGGCUUGUGGAUCCAGUUUCGGUAAAAUCAACUGUUCUGACGUCAAAUGAAAAUACUGCAGAAAUACGGAAACCUUUGAAAGAAAGAAGUACCUCAGUCACGUGAUUUGACGAUGACAAAAUGCGAAUUGGCCAAAUGCAACACAGACAUGGAAAAAUCCACUUUCCUAUGUGAUCAUUGACAACUGGAAUGAUUGUUGUUACUGCUACAGGCUGAGAAACAUGUACCUCCAAUGACUUGAUGAUGGCAACAAGACCAAUUGGCCAAAUAGGACAAAACAGACAGGAAAAAAUAGACAGUCCCAAGUGAUCGUUGACGACUGGAACCAUUAUAGCUGAAUGCUGAGAAAGAAGUACAUCAGUCAGGUGACUUGACGAUGACAAAUUGCGAAUUGGCCAACUGCAACACAGACUAGCAAAAAUCCACUUUCCCAUAUGAUCAUUGACAACUGGAAUGAUUGUUGUUACUGCUACAGGCUGAGAAACAUGUACCUCCAAUGACUUGAUGAUGGCAACAAGACCAAUUGGCCAAAUAGGACAAAACAGACAGGAAAAAAUAGACAGUCCCAAGUGAUCGUUGACGACUGGAACCAUUAUAGCUGAAGGCUGAGAAAGAAGUACAUCAGUCAGGUGACUUGACGAUGACAAAUUGCGAAUUGGCCAACUGCAACACAGACUAGCAAAAAUCCACUUUCCCAUAUGAUCAUUGACAACUGGAAUGAUUGUUGUUACUGCUACAGGCUGAGAAACAUGUACCUCCAAUGACUUGAUGAUGGCAACAAGACCAAUUGGCCAAAUAGGACAAAACAGACAGGAAAAAAUAGACAGUACCAAGUGAUCGUUGACGACUGGAACCAUUAUAGCUGAAGUCUGAGGUUGGUUCUAA